AUGGCAAUCCAGACUCUUUUCAGACGGGCCCUUAGACCCUCUGCGAUCCGCAAUUUUUCACAAUCUGCAGUCCGUGCCAAUGAGCUGUCUCCCGAGGAGGUGCUUCAGCAGGGGUUCCGCAAGAUGCGCGAGAUGCCCAACUACAAAAAGUCCGAAGAGGAGCUCAAGCCGCUGCUGACUGCGGCCAAAGCUCUUGGUAUUUCUGAGGCAAGUCUCCGUGACAUUUACCAGCGCACAACCGUCGAGAAUACCGGCAAAUCUUCUUCGAAAAAGUCUUCUGGUGAUUCGGCGUCAUCGCCAGGGGCUUCUAAGUCUCCUGCUACUGGGUUUGUGCCCGGAUCCAAGGCCGAGGAGCAGUUCUUGCUGCAAAAGCUUAACACCAACAUGCCGAUUCAAAACGCUCAUUUCCCCUUUAAGUACGAUGAUAUCCCAUCGCUCGGUCACUUGCAACUGCGUGACCAUCGUGUGCAGCGUGAGUACAACCGUAUUGCGGCCUACGAGCUCCCUCAGCUUGCCAAGUUUGCAAGCGAGUACAAACCCCCGACUGAGUCGGAGGUUCUGCGUUUCCGUUACACAACGUACAUGGGCGAAGACCAUGCUGGUGAGGCCAAGGUUGUUGUGACUUUUAAGACAAGUGAUCUGACAGAGCUCAAUGACAAGCAACGUCACAAGCUGCGUCUGCUGGCCGGCCCACGUUACGACCACACCACCGACACCAUCAAGAUGUCUUCGUCAGCAUUUCCAGAGGCCGCCCAGAAUGUCCGUUAUCUGGGUGACAUUAUCAAUUCUCUUGUUUCCGAGGCUAAGGAUCUUAGUGACUCGUUUGAAGAUAUCCCCUUGUCCACUUCGCAUGUUGAAGCCAGAAAGAGACGUAACAAGUCUAGAUACCCCAAUCACCCAUUCCCUGAGUCUUGGAAACGCCCGCAGGAUGCUCCCAAGUCCAAGUCGGAUGCAUUUACCAAGUUGGUUGAUCAGUACGCCCAGCUUCCCAAGUUGUAA